AUGAAGACCGAUAAGAUUGCUCCUCACGGCAUGGAAGCCAACAUGGAAGAUAUCUCAGCGGUGAGGGGUCUUACCGUUAACAGCUCCGAGAACCCGAAUCCAUGUGAUGGGCCUCGAUUGGCAGUGACGGCACACGCCCUCGGCCUUUCUGCUGACGUUCAGGUGCGGGCAACGACCAAUUGCGCCUUCGCAUCCGGCCAAACGACCAGCCGUAUCCUGGCAUGCACCGUGUUCGUCUCAUCGCUGCAAGCAGUUCUUUUUCAAUGCCCUAUGGGUGAUACACGAAACGAUGACGAGGACCUUGCUUCGGGCCGGGCUGUUUCGUGGUUCAGUGUGAUAUGA